AUGAGUACGAAACGGUUAAUUUGUAAAGUCGUGACGAUUGCCAUACUGGUGUUGUUGCUAGGGAAACCGGAUCUGUCAUCGGCAGCUCUCUGUAAGGAUGUCCUGUAUUUAGAGGAAUGUGACACGUGGCUAUCUGGAAGUGGUAUCAUACUGUUGGAACCUAUCUGUAGUAAUGGUACUAUCCACUGGCAUAAUUGUCAACACAACAACAUCACGCUCAACAUGCAAAAGCAAGAAAUGUUCCGGAUGUGCUUUUUAUUGGACAAAAUUCCAUACAACAUCAUAGACAUGACAAACAGCCGCAAUGUUCCGAAAAAACCUCCAAAGAAAGAUAAACCGAGCUGUGUGUUGUCCCGGCGAACCAACAACAAAAAGGAAUCAUUGGAACUGAGAUUCAAACCAUCUUCGCGAGGGUCACAGUUCCUCACCAAUAUCCCAUUCACUGUCGAGAGAGUCUCUUUGCCAAAGCUCCCGUAUGGUUAA